AUGGCCCCGACUAUCAUCGACAAGUUUAAGCACGCGCUGCAUUUGGAUAAGAAGGAGCACAAGGAGCACAAAGAAGAGAAGAAAGAGGAGGCUAAGGAGGUUAAGAAGGAGGAGGCCAAGAAGGAGGCGCCCGCUGCUGCUGCUGCUGCGCCCGAGCUCGCCACCGAAGCGCCCAAGUUCAAGCGCGAGGAUGUCACUGUCGUGUUUGUACUCGGCGGGCCCGGUGCAGGCAAGGGUACCCAAUGCGCCUUCCUGGUCCAAGACUUCGGCUUCUGCCAUCUCUCGGCCGGCGACCUCCUCCGCGCCGAACAAGACCGCGCCGGAUCCGAAUACGGCGAGCUCAUCAAGAAUUGCAUUCGCGAGGGCUCCAUCGUGCCCAUGGAAGUCACCGUCGCAUUGCUCUCCAACGCCAUGACCGAUGCCCUCUCUUCUCGCUCCGGCACCUCCGGCUGGGAGAACGGCAAAGGCCGCUUCUUGAUCGACGGGUUCCCGAGGAAGAUGGACCAGGCGGAGAAGUUCGAGCAGAGCGUUUGCGAGAGCAGUUUGACGCUGUUCUAUGAGACGACGGAGGAGGUUAUGCAGCAGAGGUUGUUGAAGCGCGGCGAGACGAGUGGACGGGCGGACGAUAAUAUUGAGAGCAUCAAGAAGCGGUUUAUCACGUACCGGGACCAGACUAUGCCCGUCAUUGAGCACUACGAGAAGAUCGGCAAGGUCGCGAAGAUCGACUCGUCUGUCACCGUCGACGAGGUGCACGAAGCGUCCAAGAUUGCCGUCGGCAAGCUUUUCGAGACGUCGUCCACCGCUGCCGCUACAGAGGCUCCCAAGCCACCCGCUGCAGAGCCCGAGGCGCCUGCCGUUGCAGCUCCUCCGGAGCACCCCGCGGUUGAAACGGCCGAGGCCGAGGCCCCAGUCGAAGGAGCGAACUUCAAGCCUACAAUCUAA